CUGAACGUUGAACGUUCGACGGUUGGUUCCAGACUGCAGUCACCGGAUAUGAUCAGCCACAGUAUCGAUUCACUUGCGCUUGCCACUUAUGUACGUAUUAUACAGGAGGCGGCAUCAAACUUCCCAAAUCUCGACCUAUCCAGGCAUUUGCCAGCUCAUUAGGGCAAUGGGCUAGUAUACCCACGCUGACCUUCGAACGAUCUAUGCAGCAAACGUCCAACAUGAGCAGGAUCGACUCCCCACUCAUUCACAACAUUCAUGACGUAGAACACAACUAUGGUUCCACACAAACAUUCCAAGAUGAUGGAACAAUCGCGAACGACAGACCCAGUAUCACUGCCAGCAAUGCCGGGCUGUUAUUCAUCAUAUCCUCCCAAUUUUUCUUCGCAUCCAUGGACAUUUCAGUGAAGAUGCUAAACACUUUGGAGCCACCGGUGCAUGCGCUUGAGGUCAUUGUAAUCAGGAUGGGCAUCACGUUCAUAGGCUGCGUGGUAUACAUGAUUGCGAUGGGAAUCCCUAAUCCGAUAAUCGGGCCCAAAGGUGUUCGGACGAUCCUGGUCAUUCGUGGCAUUACUGGGUUUUUUGGAUUAAGUGGCCUGUACUGGUCACUUCAGUAUCUGUCUGUCGCAGAUGCGACGGUCUUGAUUUUUUUAACACCUCUUACGGCAGCGGUUGCUGGUUGCAUCUUCCUGAAUGAGGGAUACUCCAUCAAGCAAGCUGUCGCCGGACUUUGCAGUUUACUCGGUGUGGUCCUCAUUGCCAGGCCCGCGUUCCUAUUUGGCUCCCCAGAUGACAUCCCUCAAGGACUCUAUACCUCUGCGCAAAGGCUGACGGCUGUUGGGGCGUGUAUGAUCAGUGUGCUUGGAAAUACUGGAGCAUAUACGUCAAUUCGUGCAAUUGGGAAGCGUGCUCACCCGAUGCAUGUAAUGACAUUCUUUUCGUUGUGGUCCACUAUCAUAGCAUCUUUGGGGAUGGUUGUUUUCGAUGUUCCUAUUGUAUAUCCUACAUCGUGGAUGUGGAUUUUUCUUCUCUUCAUGGUUGGCGUCUUCGGCUUUGUGGCGCAGAGUCUUUUCACAAUGGGGCUGCAACGAGAAACUGUGUCGCGUGGUAUCACUGGAAUGUAUGCCCAGCUGCUUUUCGUUGUGGUGCUGGAACUCCUGUUUUUCGGAGUUAUACCGUCUUUGCUGUCAGUUCUCGGCGCCGCCAUCAUCAUGUCCUCUGCUCUCUAUGUCGUCAUGAGAAAGCAAAAAGCCACCCCAGACAGCGCUGCUGGCAAUCCUGCAGCAUAAAAUCGUGCACGCCUGUCCACUCCGAGCGUUGGUAAUUUUCUUGCACUUGCAGUUGUACUCGACGACUGCACGUGACACGGUUACUGUUCCACAUUAUGUAUUGAGUCAGCCAUAUAGCGUUCGAGACUAAGUGUCUUUCUGAGGUUUUAGGUUUCUUGUUGUCGAACUUAUGCGCCAUGUACUACCGCUGCCUUCGUGAAAACCAAUUAUGGAACGGAGGGUUCGUUCCAGCGCAAGCAAUUCGCAUCGACAACACCCACUUCAGCACU